GAUACUCACAAGCAACGAAACGUAAUCAGUCAGUAUCCGCUGUGUCGCCGUCAGUGUUACAUCUCCGACCAGUCACUCCACAAGCAGUAGAGUGACUGUAGUGUUGCUUUGUUAGAUAGAAAAACUGAAUAGGCAGACUGAUUUAGGAAUGACAAACUUGGCCGGACUGAUCUUGCUGUCGUUGACAGCGGCUAGCUUGGGCACCUCGCCGCAUCCGCUGGUGAAUAAAUCGACGCCACAGAUUAUUGCGUACUAUGGGUAUCCCGCGGAGGUCCACCUGGUUACCACAGAUGACGGAUACAUAUUGGAGCUACACCGAAUCCCGCACGGCAUUAAGGAGGCCCAGAACAGCACGCGUCCCAGACCUCCCAUACUGCUUCAGCACUGUCUGCUCUGUUCCUCGGCAGAGUUCGUCAUGAACACUCCCGAUAAGGCUCUUGCUUACUUAUUGGCUGAUUCUGGGUACGAUGUAUGGAUGGGCAACGUGCGAGGAAACACCUAUUCUAAGAAUCAUGUCUCCCUUUCACCUCGCCAGAAGGAGUUUUGGCAGUUUAGCUGGGCCGAGAUGGGAUAUUACGACCUGCCUGCCUUUAUCGAUUACAUAUUAAGCAAGACGCAGGCAGAAGAUCUGUAUUACGUAGGUUUCAGCAUGGGAACUACCAUUUUCUGGGCAAUGAUGAAUGACAGGCCUGAAUACAAUCAGAAGGUUCGCUUCAUGGUGGGACUGGGACCGGUCGCCUACGUUGGCAACGCAAAAGGACCCUUGGCUCGGGCGUCGCCGCGAGUCGCCAUGAUAGAGUCGCUGGCAAAGUUCUUCGGAAAAUACGAGUUUCUGUCGUUUGGCUUCCUGAUGGACAAGAUUCUGUCUUUUGCCUGUGACGAACGAUUGUUUACCUCAGCCUUGUGCCGGAACAUUCUCUUCAAAAUGACUGGAGCUAAUCGGGAACAGCUAAAUGAGGAAUUUCUACCUGUUUUACUAAGUAACACCCCAGCUGGAACCUCUAUAUGGACGGUCACGCAUUACUUUCAGGAGAUGAUAUCAGGUAACUUUCAGAAAUACGAUUAUGGCGAGAACCUCAACUUAGAAAAGUAUAAUUCGAAAUAUCCCCCUAAGUACAACCUUAGCAAAGUUGAAGUUCCUGUAGCGCUCUUCUCCUCGGAAAAUGACUGGCUUGCAGCACCCAAGGAUGUCGAGCAACUGCGCCAUGAGCUUCCAAAUGUUGUGUACCACCAGGUUGUGGCGGAUCCAAUGUUCACACACUUGGACUUUGUGUGGGCAAAAGAUGCUGAUCAACUAGUGUACAAAUAUGUACUGAAGAUCCUGUCUGUUUUCUGAGGAUUAUUCUGAAGUCAAAGUUCAACGUUAUCAUCACAAUGUCUUUAUUCAGAACUUUAUUUUAGUAACCAAUAUAUACUCUUCCAUUUGUAUGCACAUUCAAAGUAGGAAUACUUUUUGCUCAUUUUCACAUUAUUGCUAACUCCAAAGACAUCCGGACGUCCCAGCUGCACUAAUAUUAUAAUAGAUUGAAACAAAUAUUCAGACCGACAGUGAACCUCUGGAAUGCACACUUUACGGGUAGUAGUAGAAGGGUAAAAUACUUUUCAUGGAUAUAUGAAGAAGCUGAAAGUUUGGUUGAUAAAAAGUAACAAAACUAAUUUAUUUUAUAUGUGAACAUCUUAUUUACGGUGACUAUUAUCAAAAAAAAGAUUUCUGUAAACAAAUUUUGAACAAAUAUAGAAACUUCUCGUGUUUUCCAAUAAACAUA